GUGUGUGGAGACGUGAGGUGACGUCAGCAUGGCGGAGGCCAGCGAGGAGUCUAUCGUGCUGAAGAUCAAGCAGGCGCUGCUCACGAAGAAUCGUUCUGGGGAGGGGUCCGAGAUGCCCGCUGAGCAGCCUGGGACCAGGGAAAUCCUGGUGCAACAUGGGAAUGGUUCAGCUCAUGGUGACGCGUCCAUAUUUCAGGUGCAGACAGUGGAGGUACCUGAACCUGUACAGACAGAGACCGUCAUCGACCCAACCGACCAGUUAUACGAGACAAAGGAAGAACAAAUUCAGGAUGUCGAAAUUUCCUUGCAGCCGGAAGACAUCCCACAGAACGAGGAGGUUGUUGUGUCCCAGGAGGACGAGGAAGACGACUACCUGAGCGUCCCGUUGCACGACGGGAGGUCGCCGCGCGCCCGCCGCCACAGCUCCAGCUCAAGUGAAGAUAGUAGUGAUAGUAGAAGUGAGUCUGAGUCUGAAUCCGCAGAAGACAUGGUGAUUGACCAACAGUCAGCACCGAGCACGUCAAAGUCUCGCAAGAGAAGCAUGAGCAGUGGCACAGGGGAGCGACCACACAGGUGCAACAGGUGUAAGGCUGCCUUCAAGACGUCUUACCACCUCAGGAGACACAUCUCUACACAUACCGGUGAAUAUGCGUACCAUUGUCUGGAAUGCAGCAAAGGUUUCCGGACCAAGUACCAUCUAGAUCGUCACCAGAUAGUGCACAACAAAUCCUGUGAAAAACCGUUCCAGUGCGAAGACUGCAACAAGUGCUUCAUCCAGAAAUAUCACCUCAAUCGUCACCUACGCGUUCACAGCGGAGACAAACCGUACCAGUGCAGCGACUGCGGGGCUUCGUUCGCCCGCUCGGACCGACUGCUGCGCCACAAGCGGCAGAAACACCCGGGGAGCGAGCUGACGUUGAGCGAGCAGCCGUUCAUGAAACACAGCUCCAAGAAGUUCAAGUGUAAUUACUGCAAGUUCUCCUCGGUACACAAGAAGGAUGUGGAAAAACAUCAGAAGACUCAUGAAAGAAGGAAAGGCAAGAAGGGACCCAAGUUGUCGGCAGCCGUGAAAGCAUCCAAAAGUCAAACCAAGGGAGCAGCCAAGCGUAAAAGGAAACAGCCCAAGCAAAUUGGCAGAAAUGCUGGUGACGACAGUGACUCGGAUUCAGACAGCGACACCAAGGCGAAGAGGGGCAAGGGGGUAGAGGACGUCUCGCCACGAUUCUCACCCCUCAAGAUCAAGAUCACAACCACCAAGAAGGGCACCAAGAAGGUCACCAGUAGUAGAGGAAGGCCUGCAGGAAAAGCAUCCACGAGGGGGCAGAAAAGGAGACGCGGAGGCGGGAGGGGUGGGGGUGGUGGUCGUGGCGCCAGUGACGCCAACGCGUACUCUAAAAAGAGGAGGUACCUGAAGGCUGUGGAAGGGAACAUGGCGGGCGUAAGCCUGGAGACAGGGAACUUGGAGUCUGACUCUAAAGGAGAAAUUAUUGAGACAAUAGAAUGUGUGGAAAUCAGUCAGGAAACGUUAAUCCCAUCGUCAGAACCAACCAGGCCGGUGGCCACCAUCCCGGACUUAGGAAACCCCGCAGGGUUCAGUCAUUCCAUGGGGACGGGCAAGCCGGCCGCCCAGGGAAUGCCGUCGCUGCUUCAGCCGUUCGCUGCUGCCAUGACGACAGCGGGAAAGGGGCAGUUUGUGAGCGUGCAGCCCCCGACGGGACAGAAGGCCCAGUUACACAUACAGGGGGACGUGGCUGAGAUUGUGUCCGCACCAGCGGGCGAAGCCACCUCGCAAAUCACCAUCACCACCCUCCACCAGGGGUUCCCUCAACAACAACAUCAACAACAACAACAACAACACCAACAAGACUUUCACUUUACAAAUGCUGGCCAGAGUCAGGUGACAGGGCAAGUAGGGGCAAGCAGGACUUUCCCAUCCACUCAGCCCGACUUUCAACAGGGCCCUCCUCCUAGCUACAGCUAUGCAGUCAGCCAAAGUUCCAACCAAGUGGAGGUCCCCCAGCAGCAUAUAGUAAAGCAGGAGGUGGUGUAUCCAGUACAGAACCCACCACCCCUCCAGCAACCCAAAAUGGACUCAUCCUCCACAGUAGGGGAACAGAUCCAGUUCACCACCAGUAUGGAAUAUACCAAUGAGCAGACUCAGGUGGGGUUAAACAGCAGACAACCGCAGGUCAACAUCCAACCCAAUCAGGUCACCACGACCCAGCAGCCCCAGCAGCAAUACGCCACCACGACCAUCUCUCCGCAGCGCGUGCGCGUAGAGAGGAUGCCCACCACGAGUCCCGUGUACGGGAACCGGUUUUCAGGGGUGGAAAUUUCGCCGUCGCGGCCUCCCCCCAACAGCAAUGCACAACAACGCCUACAGUUUGAGUCAUUCCAAGGAGCACUGAACAAUACUGCGAUGCCCCAGCAAAUCUUGCAGAGCGAAGCCACGUCCCCCACAGAGACAAAUUUCCCACAGUAUCCCGUUCAAACAGACUCCAACCAGUUCCAGUCUUGAUCCUGUACUGUAGACAUUAUGGAGCAUCAUACUUAUAACUUCUUCGUGGCACAAGAUGUGGUUUCAGGGUGUGAAUGGAGAAUACCUGUAAAAAGUCUAAAUGUUUCUGUUCGUUGGUAUUGAUCAUCAUGACAUACAUUUGUAGGUUAAUUCAUAUUUUCCUCCAGGAACUGAUACAAUUGUUACCAAUAAAAUUAACCCACAAAUUUUCCCCGUGCUUGUAUAAACUUGGUAGUGGAAUUAGUUGCUCACAAAUCAAGAAUGUUACUGUUAUGCAUAUCGUAUCAUAAUGUUUGCUAUCCGUAACAGGUCUGUUUCAAUUUGAACAGACUCACCAAAGUUGUAGUAGCUAUUCCUGCUUUUGUAAAUAUUAUUGUAUACUUAAAUUGGAUUCUUUUCAUUUUGCAAGGAAUGGUCUUCAGUAGUAACAUAGUGUCUUGUUGUGUUGAAUUAUAUGUAAGUUAUGAAAAUAGAAGAAUGUCCCCUCUGAGACUGUAGAGGUUUUCUGACAGGCUGUUUUCACAGUGUUCCUGCGUCUUUAGUGUUUGUAUAGUAUCCAAUACCUUCCCCUGUUAUGACUGACACUACAUUUGUGCUAACAUCCUCUUGAGGAAUGUUCACUAAAAGCCUGGUCCAUCCACAAAAUAAUGUAAAAUCAUCUCCAUAGCAAACUACAUUAUUAAACACCCACUCUGUCUAAAGUUAAAAACAAGCUCUCCAUUUUAAUUUAACAAUGCUACGUUCAUCAUCCAGUCAAUGCUUGUUCCAUAUUCCAAAACGUUGUCAGGUCAUGUGGAAGCCACCCUUUAGACUUGUCUCAAGAAAUUGGCAAGUAGUUUCAUCCGGAAUUGAUCUAAUCAGGAAGUUUGUAUACAUGUUUGUGCUAACUGGCAUAUCAAUAAAAACAAUCAAUUGAUUCUAGACAAAACAUCAUGACCAAUUUAGACCCUGAUAGUACCUUCUAAAGUGUGUGCUACUUUCCCUGUUGGUGUGUGAACACUAUAGGUACUUACAACCAUUAAAACCUGUACACUUAGUUCUAUAGGGAUAUAAAGGGGUUGCUUGUGCUCACAUCCAUUCAUGUCUGGAAGAGAAACUAAUUGUAAUAGCUUUUAUUUUUUGAGAGAAACAUUCAUAUUGUGGAGUUGUGAAUUGUCCAUGUGAUGCCGGUGUUAAAACAUGAACCCAAGGUUGUUGAUUGAAAUUAUACCACAGAGUUGUAAGGAUUAUUAUAUGGAGUUGUUCUUUUUGUACAGAAAGUUGCCUUACAAUGGAUGUGUAAAGUAUCCACUGCUCCAACUUCCUUUGACUUUUCUACCACACUAAUACUUCCCUCUAAGAGAUAUUUGCUUGUUAAUGCUAUGCAUGCCAGCAGAUGAAGUAGAACCUAAUUUUAUACCCCCACCCCCACCCCCCAGCAUAGUCUGUCUUUGUACACAUUAACAACAAUACACACUCAUAUUAUGGAAAUACCCAAAUGACCAAUCCCUUUUGGUAUGUUGAAAACAAUGGUUCACCUCUUUUAUGUUUGCAUAAGCACACUUGUACAUACAUGCUUGCAGUGGCAGGAUUUGAAUGUGAUUGUGAAUGCUUGAUUUUUGUUGUAAUUUUAAGGAGGGGGGAGAAAUAGCCAUAAUGGACACAACUAUCUGUUCAAUCCUAGAGUCUAGUUGGACCAAAAUGUAUAUUUCUCAAUACAGACG